CAACCUCGCUCCCCUCCUCCCGCCUCCCCCCCGCUUCUGAAGAGCGCGCCGCGAGGGGGUCGGGCCGGUUACUUCCUCCAGCGGCGGACGAGCGCGGUGUCCCCGGCCCCGAGAGCCCGCAGCCGCCCGGCCCGCGUCCGGCCUCCCCGAGUGCCCCCGGCCCGCACCGGCGCCCCACCGCGCGCGCGCUCGCCCGGUGCGCAGCGAGGAGCCGCGAGCCCCGAGCAGCCGCCGUCCGCGCCCUGCGCCGGCCCUACCCGCAGCGAUGAAUGAUUUUGGGAUUAAGAACAUGGACCAGGUAGCCCCAGUGGCUAACGGUUACCGGGGAACACUCAAGCGCCAGCCAGCCUUUGACACUUUUGAUGGGUCCCUUUUUGCUGUUUUCCCCUCACUAACUGAAGAGCAAACACUCCAAGAAGUGCCAACAGGCUUGGAUUCCAUUUCUCAUGAUUCGAACAACUGUGAAUUGCCUUUGUUAACUCCAUGCAGCAAGGCUGUGAUGAGUCAGGCCUUAAAAGCUACCUUCAGUGGCUUCAAAAAGGAGCAGCGUCGCCUUGGCAUUCCUAAGAAUCCUUGGCUGUGGAAUGAGCAGCAAGUAUGCCAGUGGCUUCUCUGGGCAACCAACGAGUUCAGCCUGGUGAACAUCAACCUGCAGAGGUUCGGCAUGAAUGGCCAGGUGUUGUGUGACCUGGGCAAGGAGCGCUUUCUGGAGCUGGCACCUGACUUUGUGGGUGACAUCCUCUGGGAACAUCUGGAGCAGAUGAUCAAAGAAAACCAAGAAAAGACGGAAGAUCAGUAUGAAGAAAAUUCACAUCUCAACUCCGUUCCCCACUGGAUUAGCAGUAAUACGCUAGGUUUUGGCACCGAGCAAGCGCAGUACGGGGUGCAGACACAGAAUUACCCUAAAGGCGGCCUCCUGGACAGCGUGUGUCCAGCAUCGGCGCCCGGUGUGCUCAGCUCUGAGCAGGAUUUUCAGAUGUUCCCCAAGUCCCGGCUUGACACCGUCAGCGUCAACUACUGCCCGGUCAGACCGGACUUCCCAGCCAGCAACUUGAAUUUGCUCCCCAACAGUUCUGGGAAGCCCAAGGACCGCGACUCCUCUGAGAAUGGCACCGACAGCUUCGAGAGCUCCGAGUCCCUGCUGCGGUCCUGGAAUAGCCAGUCAUCCUUGCUGGACGUGCAGAGGGUGCCUUCCUUUGAGAGCUUCGAGGACGACUGCAGCCAGUCCCUCUGCCUUAAUAAACCGACCAUGUCUUUCAAGGAUUACAUCCAAGAGAGGAGUGACCCUGUGGAGCAAGGCAAACCAGUUAUACCUGCGGCUGUGCUGGCUGGCUUCACUGGCAGCGGACCCAUCCAGCUCUGGCAGUUUCUCCUGGAGUUGCUCUCAGACAAGUCUUGCCAGUCGUUCAUUAGCUGGACGGGGGACGGAUGGGAGUUCAAGCUUGCUGACCCUGACGAGGUGGCCCGCCGGUGGGGAAAGAGGAAAAAUAAGCCCAAGAUGAACUACGAGAAGCUGAGCCGGGGUUUGCGCUACUACUAUGACAAGAACAUCAUCCAUAAGACGUCAGGGAAGCGUUAUGUGUACCGCUUUGUGUGCGACCUCCAGAACCUUCUGGGGUUCACACCCGAGGAACUGCACGCCAUCCUGGGUGUCCAGCCCGACACGGAGGACUGAGGUCCCCAGGACCCGCGGACUGAGCGGGAAGCUCGUCUUGACUGACUGCUCCAAGGACCCAGGAAAGGCAGGUUUGGAUUUAUCCACAGAGGUCACCAAGAAGCAGUGGCCUAUUUCAUCACAGACCUUGCCUCUUGAUAAAGCUGUCUCCCCAUGGCCGAGACAGCCCAGCUGCUGGAUUCUAAGGUCUCCUGACGCACAGAUGCCACACACCACACUGUUAAAUGAGAGCGGUGGAGAAGGCAGCACCGGGAAGCCGCCCUGGCCCCGAGCAGGCCGUGGGACGGGAUGGUUCUGGCUGUUUGCAAUUCUCCAAGGAGUGAGCUGUCGCGGACAUACACCAACUUCCUUGAAAUUUUCUUUCGCCUUCUGCAACCAAGAACAGCAAAUGCACAAGCCGCCUCUUUGUUCAAGAGGGAUAGGAGGGUGGGAAGGAAAUAACCAUGCCAUGUCAGAAGUUAGUUUGUAUAUAUGAUUACAAUCUUAUAAUUGUUCUCAAAAUCCUCUAACAGUACUAUUUAACAAAAAUUGUAUAUUGUAAUUUAAAAUAAUUAUAUAACUGUAUUUGAAGUAAGAACACAGACAUCCGAUGUUUUGUUUCGUUUUUCAGUGGCACAUGUGCAUUUUACAAAGAUUUAAUCUGCCAAGGGCAGACUGGAGAGAAGUCCAGUCGGUAUUUAUACUUAAGAGACCUGAGGAAUAAGGUCUAAGACAGGUAGUCCCUGCUUUGUGUGUUUUUGUAGGGUUUUUACCUUGGUUAGCUGGAGUUUGUACAUUUGGGAAUUUUUACAAGAAACCUGAAGUUACUAUCUGGGGGCGCACCUGGUCUCCUCUGCUUGCUUCUCUCGUUGUAAAGCAAAGCGAUAAAGCAGUAUUUUUCUUGACAAAUGGCAUAUAAAAGUUUUCCACUUCUAUGCAUGUCUGUAAGUCAUUUUAUACACAAAGCAUAUUUUAUUUUUUAGUCUGUGUUUCUCCAACUACUCAGCUCUCCCUGACCACCUGGCCCCGUCCUUCCUGUGCCCUAAGUUACUCUGUAUGAUUAAAAUAAGAAUACUAUUUUUGGAAAUACGCGACUCCUUUUCAGAGAUCAGGAGGGAUUUAUGUAGCAGCUAUUUUUACUGCAAAAGUAAUUCACUGGAGAAAAUGUAAUUUGUAAGAAAGCUUUAUUUUUAUCUCAGCUCCAUGUAGAGUUAAACAUUGUGUAGAGCUGAAGAGUGGGGGAGGGGCAGGGUCUUCAUUAAACUUGUUGAAUGUACACAAAGCCCCAUUCCUUCUUCCCGACUUCCUUCCUCUGUUGUGUCCUGGACCGUGCAGGUAGCAUGCUGCCCCUUUCUUCCGUGUCUCAGCCAGAUAGGUUUUGUUUGUUUGUUUGUUUCUUGUUUUCCAGGACACAGACUGCCCAGAGGCACAGAGAGGGAACAGCGACAGGAAAGAAAGCACUGGGGCCCGUUCACAUGGAGAAAUGUGGACGCUUCCACAGUUUUUUCAAAAGAGCCCCUGAAUGGGGUGUGUUCCUGGCCUUCUUCAUAAAUGGUCCAGUCAAGUUGGUUUCAAAGUCGGAUGGGCUUUCCUGCUUCCUAGCAGUGUGGCUUUGGCCCAGUGGCUGGCGUCUCUGAAGAGUUGUCAUGUGAGGAGACAGGAGUCGGGUGGCAGGCCCGGCUGGGGAGCCAACCCAGAGCUGGGACGACUCACGCCGAAAUACCCACAGAAGACGGUUCCCAGUGUGUCUAAGCACAGGAUGUUUUUCUCAAGUGGGAUCUAUUUAUCACGCAGACAUCUGUUUAUAAUAUAAACAGACACGGGACUGGGAACAUCUUGCUGCCGAAAGAGGCUGAACCACAUGAAAUUGCCAAUAUGAGGCUGAUUAUCUACAAAGAUGGCAGUUUCCUGUGGUUCCCGUCUAAAGUCUUUAUGAACCUUGGGCGUGGUAAUGAACGGGUCUGAGCAUAAACUCUUUGUGAUUUGGUCUUUUUCCCCUUGAAUAAUAAAGUAUUUUGUUUAUAUA